CAAUCGUACACUCUUUUAGCUCUGUGAUGAAUGACACAAUUGCUCUGAUUUGAUAUAGAUAAAACGUCGAUUUGCUUUUGUUGGAACUUUAGCAUGAAUUUUUUAGAUUUGUAGGAAUACUCCUAUCUGGAUUUAAUUAUUCGUGCAGGUACCAUGCGGUUCUCUUCGCUCUUAUGUGGAUAAUCUUGUGAUGCCUACUGCAUCGAGGCCGUGCUCUUGGGCACGGUGUACCAAGAGGGCGAAUAGGCCUAUAUCAGAAUGGAUUUUUUUGUUUUUCGGAUUAAUAAUUAUAUUGCAACAAUCAGUCAUUCAUACGCAUUCUACAAAACUAUGUAACUCAGGAAAAGAAUUUACAUGUACUGGCAAUCAGACAAUUUGUGUUCCAUUAUCCAGGCUGAAAGAUGGUCAUCCAGAUUGUCCAGAUGCUUCCGACGAAACUUGUUUCUCUGGAGAAUUUCGAUGUAGAACCGGGUAUCAAUGUAUACCUCUUCAAAGGGUCCGAGAUGGAAUUAAAGAUUGCAAUGAUGGAUCUGACGAAGAGAGAAGAAAUGAUAAAUUUGUCUACGUCAAUGAGAAAUAUUCAGAGAAACAGGAUAACAAACAAGAUCCAAGAGAAGAGAACCAAUAUUUGGAAACUAAUUUGUACAACGAUGGCCGACCAACUGGUUUACUUCAUAUCAGAACUUCUAGUUCGAUAUCUGAUGGAACAACGACUCUGUAUACAACAGAAUUACAUCGCUCCUACAUAGAUGGAAAUUACGCCGAAAUUGCAUUGAGUCAUUCUACACUUAUCUAUCCGGCAUCUUCUCGAAAUACUAUAAUAGGAACGAGUAGUUUACCGCAAGUUUCAAGUGGUACAAAGCGUUACAAUUCUCUUACAUCGGGUGGAAUUUACCAGACAGCUUUAAAUGAUUUAGUUUCGUCUCAAUCUCGAUACGUCGAGUUAGAAAAGAGUAAUAAUUCGGAUAAUUCUGUCGCAACUGUUUAUGGUUCUUAUAUCGAAACCGAUGGUAACCUCAAAAAUGUACAGAUACGUGCUACGCCUGCUUCUCUGUAUACAGGUCAACCUAUUGUUGAAGUCACGGGAUCUUAUAUACCUCUACAAAGAAGAAAUUCUGUUUUACAUAUUGGAGAAACACAUGGAAGACUCGCAACGUUACAUCCAAAUCAUGAUAAAUCUGUUAUUACCGUUACGGGAACGGAAGGUGCUUUUGUUCACCAGGGUAAAUCGGGAGAAACCACAUACACUGUUUUUACUGGUACAUAUACAGAGGGAUUUGUUAAGCCAACCACUUAUAUGUUUUUCUUUGGAAAUCGACGAUUACCUACUACGAUCGAAGCUACAAAUUCUCAGCCUUACAAAUAUGCAAGUUAUACAUACGAUAUAAAAAAUAAAAGAGAUUCAAGCAAAGAUAUUGUUUUGGAUAUUUCUGAUGAUAUCGAUGUAUUUAUACCAUUGGGUAAUACAAGACGUGGUUUGGACCGAUCUACGAGUCGACGAUCAUUAAUGUACGGAAAAGCCAAAGUUCAUGGAGAAUCUUUAGAUGGUGUUUUAAUCGAAGGAUCUGAAAAGUUUUCUGUACAAGGUGCUACACCUGCAUUAGGAUUAGGAUACAUUAGCACAAUGACAAUUACCAUAGAUCACAAUACAGCUACACCAAGGUUUAGUGAUCUUAAUGUUCGUCCUGAUAGCUACCAGACAUUAAAAACAUAUCGAGUUAUAAACGGUGAAUUUUUGCCUGAAAAUACAUUAACUGCGGAUACGAAUGUAAAAAAUAAUAGAAGAGGAAGGAUGUAUCAUUUUGAACCUACUGCACGGAAAAUAAAUGAGCAAGGAGGUGCUACUGUAAUUACAGAUCAAUUUAUAUUACCUCAAGGUGCACAUAAAACAACGACUGUUACGGAAACGAAAACAAUAACUACUAGUAAACAUCAAGCAAAAUUUUCGCAAGAAAUAAAACCUUCAUACGUUCAUAAAGAUAACAGACCGACUAGAACAAUAAAACCUCAUUCUCUAUUAAAGGAAAAUGAACAGUAUGUUUUUCAACCCGUUUUCGUUUCAUCAACCUCCAUUCGAAGAAAUGGAAUAGUGAGAUCAACUUUAUUACCAUCAAGAGUUUCAAGUUUAUCUACAGUUACGCUAUUCGGAUUUGUCCAUUUCACCACGAUUAUUUCAAGAACUAAAUUCGUUUUUAUGCCAACAACAUCGAGUGCACAAGGUAGAAGUGCUUAUCCUCUAUCUACUACACACAUUCCAAUAUCUUCGAAAACAACAAAAGCGCCUCAAUUUUUCCCGAAGUCAAGCUCAUCUUCACAAUUUACACCAACUUUAGCGUAUGGUACAGACACCAGAGAAUUCGUUUCCAAAAAAACCAUGUCAACAUCUACAAUUAGAGAAUCUAUCAAACACUUGACUACGAUGUCAACUUUGACUGUAGGGACGAAUUUGAAGACAAGAUAUGGAAAAGCUAACAUAAAACCUAGUUACAUAACCGAAACUUAUGAACCAAUAGCUUCAACAGUUUUCCUGUCAGAAAAAAGAAAACCGCAAACUUCAUCAAAAAUAAAAGAUACGGAUUCAGAAGAUAUUCAAGAUCUUUCGAAAAUUCUUGAUGAGACUAUAAUGGUAUUUGAAGUAGACGAAAAAAAAACUAUUAAAGAAACACCAAUUGAAACGUCAACUACUUCGUUAUAUCCGACAGGACUGGUUUCUUCCAUAACAGGAACAGAAGAAUUAGAUGGAAUUACUACUCAUUGGACUACAUUAAUUAUCGGCACGUAUAUUAGUGGUACUUAUGCUCAUAUUGUUGAAAGUACUUCUAGUAUUUUCUUUACUGUAUCUAAAACUACAAGUCCAUUAAAACCAACUACAGUUGAUGAAACAGUUACAGGCCGAUCUGUAAGAGAUGACGAUAUUUGGUCUGCUUCUGAUAAUUAUAUUGAUACUAUAGAUAUACAGUCAUCAAAAGUUGAACCUGAAUAUAUUCUAGAAACACCUGUAGAUGACAUAAAAGAAUCUCAGUACCUUGAGAUAAUCACAUCAGCAUUUAUUCUACCUGAUACAGUAAGUGCUAUCAAGCCAUCAUUUUCUUAUUCGAUUAUAGAAGAGAUAUCUCAAUCAAAGAUAAUAACGGACGAAACAACAACUAAAGAAGAUAUUACAGUAAAUAUAACAGAGGAUGUCACAGAGAUAACAACUGAAAAUAUAGAAGAUGCCGUUACAACUCCACAGAUUGAUACUACUUCACAAGAAACUGACACAGAAACUACUGAAGCUUCCACUGAAAGCACUACAUCAACAACUCCAAAAAUUAUCACUGGAGGAUUUAUUUUACCAGGGAUUGAAAUUACCACAGAAAAAAAUACAAUCACAGAAUCAAAAGAACUAACUCCAGAAGUCGAUACAACCACAGAAAAAGAAAUAACAGUACAUUUAAAACAAGAUGAAUUAAGCAAUAUAUCUGAUAAUACAAGAAAAGCAACUCAUACUCCCGAUAUCAUUACAGAGGGAUUCUUUCUUCCUGUUUUAACGGGUAUUAACAGUACUUCUGUAGAAGAGAAGAAUCAGAAUAAAAUAUCAACCUUAUCACCAUCCGCAGUAAAAUCUAACGUAAUCACUGCAGGAUUUAUUCUUCCUUCCAGUGUGGAAUCUACUUCAUCUCAAGAUUUAAUUACGCAAGGAUUUAUAUUACCAANUGAAUUCUCUUGUUUCUCUGGAGAAUUUCGAUGUAGAACCGGGUAUCAAUGUAUACCUCUUCAAAGGGUCCGAGAUGGAAUUAAAGAUUGCAAUGAUGGAUCUGACGAAGAGAGAAGAAAUGAUAAAUUUGUCUACGUCAAUGAGAAAUAUUCAGAGAAACAGGAUAACAAACAAGAUCCAAGAGAAGAGAACCAAUAUUUGGAAACUAAUUUGUACAACGAUGGCCGACCAACUGGUUUACUUCAUAUCAGAACUUCUAGUUCGAUAUCUGAUGGAACAACGACUCUGUAUACAACAGAAUUACAUCGCUCCUACAUAGAUGGAAAUUACGCCGAAAUUGCAUUGAGUCAUUCUACACUUAUCUAUCCGGCAUCUUCUCGAAAUACUAUAAUAGGAACGAGUAGUUUACCGCAAGUUUCAAGUGGUACAAAGCGUUACAAUUCUCUUACAUCGGGUGGAAUUUACCAGACAGCUUUAAAUGAUUUAGUUUCGUCUCAAUCUCGAUACGUCGAGUUAGAAAAGAGUAAUAAUUCGGAUAAUUCUGUCGCAACUGUUUAUGGUUCUUAUAUCGAAACCGAUGGUAACCUCAAAAAUGUACAGAUACGUGCUACGCCUGCUUCUCUGUAUACAGGUCAACCUAUUGUUGAAGUCACGGGAUCUUAUAUACCUCUACAAAGAAGAAAUUCUGUUUUACAUAUUGGAGAAACACAUGGAAGACUCGCAACGUUACAUCCAAAUCAUGAUAAAUCUGUUAUUACCGUUACGGGAACGGAAGGUGCUUUUGUUCACCAGGGUAAAUCGGGAGAAACCACAUACACUGUUUUUACUGGUACAUAUACAGAGGGAUUUGUUAAGCCAACCACUUAUAUGUUUUUCUUUGGAAAUCGACGAUUACCUACUACGAUCGAAGCUACAAAUUCUCAGCCUUACAAAUAUGCAAGUUAUACAUACGAUAUAAAAAAUAAAAGAGAUUCAAGCAAAGAUAUUGUUUUGGAUAUUUCUGAUGAUAUCGAUGUAUUUAUACCAUUGGGUAAUACAAGACGUGGUUUGGACCGAUCUACGAGUCGACGAUCAUUAAUGUACGGAAAAGCCAAAGUUCAUGGAGAAUCUUUAGAUGGUGUUUUAAUCGAAGGAUCUGAAAAGUUUUCUGUACAAGGUGCUACACCUGCAUUAGGAUUAGGAUACAUUAGCACAAUGACAAUUACCAUAGAUCACAAUACAGCUACACCAAGGUUUAGUGAUCUUAAUGUUCGUCCUGAUAGCUACCAGACAUUAAAAACAUAUCGAGUUAUAAACGGUGAAUUUUUGCCUGAAAAUACAUUAACUGCGGAUACGAAUGUAAAAAAUAAUAGAAGAGGAAGGAUGUAUCAUUUUGAACCUACUGCACGGAAAAUAAAUGAGCAAGGAGGUGCUACUGUAAUUACAGAUCAAUUUAUAUUACCUCAAGGUGCACAUAAAACAACGACUGUUACGGAAACGAAAACAAUAACUACUAGUAAACAUCAAGCAAAAUUUUCGCAAGAAAUAAAACCUUCAUACGUUCAUAAAGAUAACAGACCGACUAGAACAAUAAAACCUCAUUCUCUAUUAAAGGAAAAUGAACAGUAUGUUUUUCAACCCGUUUUCGUUUCAUCAACCUCCAUUCGAAGAAAUGGAAUAGUGAGAUCAACUUUAUUACCAUCAAGAGUUUCAAGUUUAUCUACAGUUACGCUAUUCGGAUUUGUCCAUUUCACCACGAUUAUUUCAAGAACUAAAUUCGUUUUUAUGCCAACAACAUCGAGUGCACAAGGUAGAAGUGCUUAUCCUCUAUCUACUACACACAUUCCAAUAUCUUCGAAAACAACAAAAGCGCCUCAAUUUUUCCCGAAGUCAAGCUCAUCUUCACAAUUUACACCAACUUUAGCGUAUGGUACAGACACCAGAGAAUUCGUUUCCAAAAAAACCAUGUCAACAUCUACAAUUAGAGAAUCUAUCAAACACUUGACUACGAUGUCAACUUUGACUGUAGGGACGAAUUUGAAGACAAGAUAUGGAAAAGCUAACAUAAAACCUAGUUACAUAACCGAAACUUAUGAACCAAUAGCUUCAACAGUUUUCCUGUCAGAAAAAAGAAAACCGCAAACUUCAUCAAAAAUAAAAGAUACGGAUUCAGAAGAUAUUCAAGAUCUUUCGAAAAUUCUUGAUGAGACUAUAAUGGUAUUUGAAGUAGACGAAAAAAAAACUAUUAAAGAAACACCAAUUGAAACGUCAACUACUUCGUUAUAUCCGACAGGACUGGUUUCUUCCAUAACAGGAACAGAAGAAUUAGAUGGAAUUACUACUCAUUGGACUACAUUAAUUAUCGGCACGUAUAUUAGUGGUACUUAUGCUCAUAUUGUUGAAAGUACUUCUAGUAUUUUCUUUACUGUAUCUAAAACUACAAGUCCAUUAAAACCAACUACAGUUGAUGAAACAGUUACAGGUCGAUCUGUAAGAGAUGACGAUAUUUGGUCUGCUUCUGAUAAUUAUAUUGAUACUAUAGAUAUACAGUCAUCAAAAGUUGAACCUGAAUAUAUUCUAGAAACACCUGUAGAUGACAUAAAAGAAUCUCAGUACCUUGAGAUAAUCACAUCAGCAUUUAUUCUACCUGAUACAGUAAGUGCUAUCAAGCCAUCAUUUUCUUAUUCGAUUAUAGAAGAGAUAUCUCAAUCAAAGAUAAUAACGGACGAAACAACAACUAAAGAAGAUAUUACAGUAAAUAUAACAGAGGAUGUCACAGAGAUAACAACUGAAAAUAUAGAAGAUGCCGUUACAACUCCACAGAUUGAUACUACUUCACAAGAUACUGACACAGAAACUACUGAAGCUUCCACUGAAAGCACUACAUCAACAACUCCAAAAAUUAUCACUGGAGGAUUUAUUUUACCAGGGAUUGAAAUUACCACAGAAAAAAAUACAAUCACAGAAUCAAAAGAACUAACUCCAGAAGUCGAUACAACCACAGAAAAAGAAAUAACAGUACAUUUAAAACAAGAUGAAUUAAGCAAUAUAUCUGAUAAUACAAGAAAAGCAACUCAUACUCCCGAUAUCAUUACAGAGGGAUUCUUUCUUCCUGUUUUAACGGGUAUUAACAGUACUUCUGUAGAAGAGAAGAAUCAGAAUAAAAUAUCAACCUUAUCACCAUCCGCAGUAAAAUCUAACGUAAUCACUGCAGGAUUUAUUCUUCCUUCCAGUGUGGAAUCUACUUCAUCUCAAGAUUUAAUUACGCAAGGAUUUAUAUUACCGAAAGUUAUUGAUGAGAAUAAUCAUACUGAAACAUCAGCUUUAUUAUCGUCGUCAUCUUCAGUGAAAUCUAAUGUAAUCACUGCAGGAUUUAUUCUUCCUUCCAGUGUAGAAUCUACCACUUCAUCUCAAGAUUUAAUUACGCAUGGAUUUAUAUUGCCGAAAGUUAUUGAUGAGAAUAAUCAGAAUGAAACAUCAACGUUAUCAUCAUCAUUCUCAGUAAAACCUGGUAUAAUUACUGCAGGAUUUAUUCUUCCUUCCAAUGUAGAAUCUACCACCUCAUCUCAAGAUUUAAUUACGCAAGGAUUUAUAUUACCAAAAGUUAUUGAUAAAACAGGCGAACGUGAAAAUUCAACAAUGGGACAAAAAUCUACUACAACCAUGAAUUUGUUAGAGGAAAUUACAACCUCUAGUCGUUUAGAAAAUAUUAUCACCGAUAAAUUUAUUUUACCGACAACAACUGAAACUAUAGCAACCGAAGAUAAAGAAAAUGAUGGUACAUCGAAAAUAUCAAAAAACAAGAACGAAAAUAAAUCAACAGAGCCUGCUCAUCAAAUACUAACAGAUGGGUUCAUAUUACCAAACAUAAAAUCGAUUGAUACAAAACCAUCUACUCAAACUUCAGAACCAGUUUUGUUAACUGGUAACUUUUUCCUUCCUAAAAGUAUAUUUUCAAAAUCGACAGAACUUGCACUAGAAAACAAAACAAAAAGCGAUUCAGAACAAUCAUCUAUCUUCGAAACUUCAAGUAAAAAAACAUCUAAUUCUACAGUUGCAAAUAUUAUUACGGAAAGUUUUAUAUUACCUGAUGCAGAUAGAGCUACUAAAAGUGAAGAAACUGUGAAAAGUAAGCACGAAAAGCUUAUAACAGCAGGUUUUAUAUUACCAGGAAUAGCUCCUUCAGCAACUGAAGUCAUCAAUUCAGAAUCAAAUGAAUGGCGAGAGAUUGAAAACAAGACUCGAGCAGGAAAAAGUUUGAAUGCAACUACUGAUAAUGUGGAUGAACUGAUAAAAGCUAUAUCCUAUCCAAUUACUUAUUAUACAACUUUAACUUAUUUUACUACAUAUCUUCGAAAUAACAAGACUGUUAUAUCAAGUAGAGAAGACGUAUUCUCACAAGUUUAUAACAACAGCGAACAACACAAAUUAGCAGAAAUAUCAAAAACAACACUUCCCAUUAUACCAACUACUACAAUGGAAUACAAAACUCGAACUCAUUAUAGUACUAGCUAUACGGAAGGAUUUGCUAUUGUAUCUACAAGUGAAGAAACACUUCCUGUUACUACUACGGGAACUCCAGAACUACCAACAGAAGCAUUGCAACCAAGUUUUAGUAUUCAGAUCUAUCCGACUACCUAUUAUACUACUUUAACUUAUUUGACCACUGUUUUGCAAGAUGAUAGCACUUCAGUUAUAACACGAGAGAAAAUUUUAUCUAAUGUAGUUACACCUAAAUCCUUAGAAUCAGUCGCGGCCACUUCUUCAGAGGAAAUUCAUUUUCCAGAAGUGAAAAGUAAAGAAACUGAAAUAAGUUCAGAAAUUCUUACUACUUCGCCAGCAGUUAUUACAGAAUCUUUGCAAUCUUCCAACAAUUCGCUUUCUUCCGAAGGAACUGUUUCAAUAAGCAAAUCAAACGUUAACAUCACAGAUGCUGUUAAAGCUAAUACAGAAAUCAUACCAUCCAUAACUAAACAUUACACUACACUAACUCAUUACAUUACGUUAUUACGCGGAGGUAAUGCAAUUGUUUCUACUAGAUUAGAAACAAUAACUAAUACAGCAUUAAAUGGACAUUCAACUGUUACGCCGGAAUUGAUAUCUCCAACUCAUACUAAAUCUCCACCACUAAAGACUGUAUACACAACUUUAACUUAUUUCACUACAUUUUUAAGAGAUGGCAGUCAAACUGUAACUAGCAGUAAAACCACAAUAACUAACAUUUUAUCUUCUACAGGUGACGAAAACAAAACUAUAGCGCCAAGUACCGCACGACGCACUACUCUUUAUACAACUUUAACUUCCUUAGUUACUAUUUUAAAUGGAGAUAGUUCAUUAGUAAACACUAUUUUAGAAACGGUUACUAACGUUGUAGAUAAAUUACAAUCAAAAUUUAGUAUUAUACCUUCUGCUGUUACUAAAACUUAUUACACAACAUACACUUAUUUGACUACAUUUUUACACAACGGAACACCUUCGAUAAGUACUCGAAAAGAAACUUCUACUAACAUUGUAACAGAAACUGCCAAAAGUGAAAUUAAACCUACUAAAGUAGCUAAGUUAAAGGAAACUGAAAUAACAUCUUAUACUACUUUCACAUAUUACACUACAUUUAUAGUUAAUGGUCAGCCUUCUGUUUCGACACGUAAAGAAACAGUAUCUAAUGUAAUUACAUCAUCAUUACCAAAAGCCACAGCUGUCGUUCCAGAUGAGGUAAUAAAGCCUCAAGUGACUUUACCAAACUCCAUCAAUUUGAAAGAGAUUCUAAAAAGUGCACUUGUUACUCGUUACACAACAUUCACCUAUUACACGACUCUCUUUACAGACGGAAGCAGCGUUAUAUCGAGUAGAACUGAAGUAGUUUCAAACGUAGCAACUGGAAGUAUCAAGCCUCAAGACUCAACUAGUAGUACCAGUAGCGAAACUGAUUUACCGACUAUUUUACCUUCUCCGUCGAAAGUAAUAGAAUUAAAAACGUAUUAUACAACUCUAACAUAUUACACCACAUAUCUACAAGGUGAUAAAAGCAUAAUUACAAGCAACGUCGAGACAGUAAGUAAUAUCGUAACUAGUACUCGCGCAAAGCGUGAUAUUGCUAGUAAAUUAAAAAUAAAGCCAACUAAAGUCAUUCCAUUCAUUCCCUCACAAAACUAUAAGGAAAAUAAACCACACAAAAGAAAAUUAUUACACGUCAGAGAAGAAGAAAAUAAUCCAGUUGAUUUAUACGAAGAAGAAAGUUAUAGUGAUCUUUCAGCUAUAUCUAAUGAUGAUUUGGUUUAUCCUUACGUCAAAGGAAAUGGUGGACUCGUAGCUCGUUCGAUAGCAGACGAAGAUGCUUAUAAAGCGGGUUUUACAGUUAAUCCAACAACGACUAAUGGUCAACCCUAUCCUACUGGUCUUAUACAAUCUGUAGAAGCGAAAACAAUAAAUAAUGGUGUUACAACGGUGUUUGCUACGGAAGUAUAUGGCACGUUUAUUAAUGGUGCAUAUGCUCAAAUUGUUCAAAGUGCUGUUCGAAUUUAUUCUGAUCCACCAAACGAAAUAGAUCGCAGUCAUGCCGCAAGCACUCUUGGAACUUAUAAUUUUCAGUCUACGGCCCAACCGACACCAACUUUACCAUCUCAUAAAGUUGGACUUGUUUCUUCCAUCACUAAUUCUCGUGUUAAUGAUGGUACAACAACCCAUUAUACUACUAAUAUUUACGGAACUUAUGUUAAAGGUGUUUAUGCUCAUAUAGCACAAACUACAUCUUCCGUACAACCUGUAAAACCAACUCAAAAUAAUUAUCCAACAGGUUUAAUUUCUACCUCACUCCGAUCUGAACUUAAAGAUGGAACAACUACAGUUUGGACCACUAAAAUAUUUGGCACAUUUCUCAAUGGGUUUUAUGCUCAUGUGGCUUCUACUUAUUCUAAUAUAAUAACACCUACAAAAGCUCAAUGGUUCGAAGCUACGCCAGAUUAUGGUGUUCAUUCUAAUGUUAGGUCGUCAGAACCUAUAAUUCAAAAUGUUGUAUCUAAAACGCCGUCUCUGAGUAACUACAAAACAGGUUUUAUCUCUUCUCAUGUAUCAGAUCUGAUCCGAAAUGAUAUUACAACUAGAUAUAUAACAAGCAUAUUUGGCACUCACAUAGGUGGAAUUUAUGCCCAAAUAGCUAAGACAACGUCUACUCUCUUAUCUGUCAAACCAACUAGCACUCAAACAGCUCAACCUCGAAGCACAGGACUAGUAUCUUCACAGGUUAGUACACAAAUAAAUGGAAAUACAGCCACUUAUUAUAUCACUGAAAUUUAUGGAACUUAUCUAGGAAAUUUUUAUGCUCAAGUAGCAAAAACUUCAACACAAACAAAAAUACUUUCCCCUACCACUUCAACUGAACAAACUUCUCAAAAAAAUUAUAAAACUGGUUUAGUUUCAUCUAUACCAUUAAGUAGUGAGGUUCAUGAUUCAACUACCACCCUUUACUUGUCAGAAAUAUAUGGUACUUAUAUCGGUAGUGUUUAUGCUCAUAUAGCAAAAUCAACAAGCCGCAUACUAACUCCAACUUCAACUCUACAGCCAAGGAGUCAUGCAGCAAUUUCUUGGACUGAACAACCUCCGUCAUCCUCUACUCCAACUCAAAAAGUAGGAUUAAUUUCAUCAACGGUUUAUAGUAGCGAUAUUAAUAGUGGAACUACUACUUUAUAUCUUUCCGAAAUUCAUGGUACUUAUAUUGGUGGAUUUUAUGCACAUGUUGCUCGCAGAACCAGCACAGUUUUACCUGUUCUUCCUACUACUAGUUCUCCGUUACCCUCGCCGUCACCUUCACCGUCACCAACACAAUCUAAUACAAACACAGAAGGACUUAUUUCUUCAGAAAUUAACACCGAAGUAAAUCAUCAAACUACAACUCUUCAUACUAAACUUAUUUACGGAACAUAUAUCAACGGAUUUUAUGCACAUAUAGCUAGAAGCACUUCAACAGUCAUUCAACCGACUAGUACCAAUGGUUUGAUUUCUUCUGUAAUUAAUACUGAAGUUAAUGAUGGAACCACUACUUUACACACUACUGAUAUCUAUGGAACUCACAUUAACGGAUUUUAUGCUCAUGUGGCCCGAAGUUCUUCAACAGUUCUAACCAAUUCUGCAUCGAAUAUUAUAGAAACAACAGCAGAUAGUCAAUAUAAUCAAAUUGUCAGUACGCCAGUUCGUUAUAGUUAUGAGACAUUAAAAGAGCUUCAGCCUGCCGAUGUUGCUAUUAGUCCUACUGUAGGACUAACUGUUGUAAAUAAUGAACUUGAUGGAGCUGCUGAUAAUAAAGUAGAUGGGAAUAUUACUACUCCACCGAAAGUAGAAGAUCCUUUAAAACUUCAAGAAAAGAUUAUUACAGCAGCAACACCUUACAAAAUAAAACUUUCUCCGUCCAUAAAUUCAGAUAAUUUAUUAGAUUUAACAGACAAAUUAACACCAACCUUAAAUCCUUCGGAGGAUACAGAUUUUAUAAUCAAAAGUGAGGCUGUUACUACCUCUACUACAAGUACGUUAAAAUCUAGCAAAGAAAUAAAUCUAGAUAAGCAGAUCAGCGAUGUCACUCAGAAGAGCUCCACCAGUGUAACUGCUAUUAAAUCAUCUAAAUCUGAAAAAAAUACUAAUUCGGUUUCUGAUGAUUUAGAUUACGAAGAUUAUUAUGAUUUCGAAAACGAAGAUACGGAAUCAAAGUUUUCUGAAGCAUCUGAAAAAUCGAUACAAUCCACUUCUCCGUUAGUAUUUUCAUCACAAUCAAGUACGUUUUCAGAGAUAAAAAGUGAAAAAGAGAAAAGUGAAUCAAUCGAUCAUUCUGAUUAUGAAGAUUACGAUGAUUAUUAUGAUGAAUACAGAGAUUCGAAGAAAGAAACAAAACAUUCUCCAACUAUUGAACCAACAUCGACUAAAAAAAAUCGACCAGCUAGAGCAGGUCAAACUAAUCGUCCUCAGCAAUACAUUAGAAAUACAAAGAGCGUAGCAAAUGAUAAAGACUACGAAGACUAUGACGACUAUGAUAAUAAAGAUAAGACACCGGCUCCUUCAUCUAAGCACGAAGAAUUUACUACAUCAAAAGGAAUUAGUCCAGUUAUUAAAAUUAGACCGUUCCGCACCCGAGAUAGACCUGUAUUUACAAUUCCUUCUAGGACAACAACGAAUAAACCGUCUUUUACUAUUCAUUUUCGAAGACCAACAAGAACUAGGAGCUUUCAACGUUUCGGGCAGAAAUCAGAUAAUUUGGAAGAAGAAGAACACAAAGAAAGUGACAAUGGUGAUAUAGAUGCUAGUGAAGCUAUUGUGAGUUCGGCACCUCCACAGGUCGCACCUAUUAGAAGAUUCAAGCCGACCAAUUCGCGUUUCGUACCGAGUAGACCAUCAAGGAGUCAGUCAUUUGGAUUAGGAAGAAAUCGAAGACCUUUCUCCGGAAGAUCUUCCAUACCUUCUCCAACUCCAGCUCAGAGAGAGGAACACGAACAUUCCGAUUACGAGGAGAACACAACAGAAGAAGAAGAUUAUAAUGAAUAUGGUGACCAUAAUGAAAAAUCUGAAAAUCGUUACAAUCGUCCUAGAUCAACUCGAAGACCCGUAUUUCCUCGUAGGACAAGAACAUAUGGAGAUAGAAGAAGUGCUUCUUUCCUAAAUAGAGCAAGAUCUAAAGAAGAAGAAGAUAUCGAAAAUGACAAUAUAGAAGCCUCGACGCCAGAAUAUAAUCGUUUUAGACAUAAUAGAAAUAGAAUUAAAAACAGAAGAGGUGGCAACAGAUCACCAACACUAAAAUCAUCAUUCAAUUCCGUAAAUAGGGACGAAGAUGACGAUACUGACGGUCGAUCAUCUAUAUCAUUUUCUAGACUGAGAAGUAAUAAUAGAAGACGGCCGUAUAAUCCUCGUACUAAUAGACAAACAAUAAGCACAUCUAAAUCCACAAACACGUGGACUAAGCCUCCAGUUACUAUAACUUCAGUUGUAACAACAGUUAAAACAUUACCUAUUUAUCAUGGGUUUAAGACUUCUUACGCUACAUUAACUACCACAACACUGGACACUAGCAUCAUACAUCCAUCUCAAUACAGUACAGUCAUUACCGAUGGUGUGACUAAGACUCUAUUCUAUUCUAGAGUCGGAAUCCCGGAUGUAAACAUGCCAUUGGAUCAAUUACAAACAACUAUUACAGAAAUUAUAAUAACAACAACUUCUUUAGCCUCCGUGAAGCUCGUCCCCAUCAAAAUUGGUUUUAGCACUCGUACAGAUACAAUUACUGAUGUUCAGGUAUUAACAACUUUGUCUACUGUGUAUAGCACUAUUUCACCAGAAACUAGCACGCCAACUGCAUUUCCACAAUAUCCAGUACCAUUCUUUCCGGGUCAAAAUGCAGGAGGUGCAGGAGGUGGUGCUGGAGCAGGAGGAGCAGGUGAUAUCAAUUUAUUAACUAAUUCUUUCGUUACUACUGAAACUAUCACUUCGACUACAGUAAUUCCCAUAAUUUUACGAGGAAGAACUAUUAUGAGUACUUUGACUACAACAUCUACUUACGAAUCAACAGUUAUAAAAACGACUACUGUCAGAGUCCCAGCACAAGUACCAUCUCCAGCUCCUUUCAUUCCUCAACAAUAUUUUGCUUUUCAACCUAUAACAACACUUUUAACAUUGUAUGUAACAGGUGAUAAAGGCGAAUUAAAGCCUGUUGUUACUACUGUUACUGUUCCUUUUUAUCAGCAGCCAUUAUUCCACACGAAAGUUGCACGCAGUUUGCAAAGCCGAACUUCUGAAUAUUCCCCUAUAAUGCAUACACAAUUGACUAAAUUGUCACUUCAAACUAGCAGAGAGAUUGAUCUCGAUACUCAGCAAGAUAUGUUACUCAGUUCUGGUCUUGAAGAGAUUAAUGAUGUCAUAGAAAUGACUACUUCGAUAAGUACAGAACCAUUAGAUAGUUCAAAAAUUUUUGAUAGUUCAUCCUCGGAAUCAGAUGUAAAAACUCUUUUCAAAGGUUCUUUUACUGAAAUAUACGAAAGAAGCGCCACAGUAGAUUUUAUAUCUUCGGCAAGCCAAGAAAAAGAUGAUAACCCUUACGGAAAUGGGUUAAGAUAUAAUUUCCGUAGACUUCAACAGUUUGAAGAUAAUUCUGAUCAAGGUGGAUUCCGACCUGUAAGAGAUUUUACAAGAAUUCGUCGACCAACCGUACCUAGAGUAACAACACAGUAUUAUCCCCCCUCUAGAAAUAUACACAGCCAAAGUGAAUAUUACGACGAGGAUCCUUUUGAUGAUGAUGAUGAACAAAAGAGAACUCUUGGAAAUUUGCCUCAGGUUCCAUCUCCUAAAAUAGAAAAGCGUCCGAAUUUUGAUAGAAGACAGGAGAUACCGAUCUCACCUGAUAGAGGCGGUUUUGUACCUAUUAGGCCCAGUGACGGGCGAAUUGUAAACGGAAAUAAUCCCAGAAGAAGGUAUAAAGUAGUCAGAGUAGGAUCAGGAAAUAGACCUACUGCUGCUGUGAGAAGAAAAAUUGUUAUAGCGAAAAGUACUACUAAACCUUUAUCAAAUGACGAACUUGUAACUCCUAAAAUAGAAAAUCCUUUACAACCAUUAAUAAUUGAUUCUAUUACAUCAUCAUCAAAAGUAAUUGUCGAAGCUACAGAAGCAACAGCCGAAGAAAAUGUUCAGAACAUUAUUACUGAACCUACAUAUUCAAAAACUGAGCUACAACCUUCUAGACGUAAAAUUAUACGAAGGAUUAGACCAUCGAAAGGUACCGGAAGCGGAAGGCCUAUUAUAAUAAGACGCACGAAAAUUAAUGCAGUCGCAAGUAAUACAGACCAAUUAUUAACAAGCACAAAUCAACCGUCUUUAGAAUCACAACAAAUACCUCAACCGUCUUCAACGGAAAAAGAUAUAUCUGCAACCGCCAGAAGAAAAAUAAUUCGUCUACGUAAACCAAUUCAGCCGGGAGGGAAUGGAAGAAGAAGAAUAGUUAUAACUAAAACUUUAUCAGGAACAAAACCUACAGAUUCUCUUCAGGGUAGAGGCCCGAUUGGACUGAAAGAUGAAAUAUUGAACCCUCCAGGUAGAAAUCCGUCAAUUCAACUUGCAAAAUAUGCCACUGAAUUAAUACCGUUAACUUAUUACACCACUCUGACUUAUUAUACAACAAUUUUGCAUGGUACUGAUAUCGAUUACAGCAGCAGUGAAUCAGUACAUUCAAAUGUUAUUCCACAAACCAUCGAUUCAAAUUUGGUCAGAGUGGUUCAAACUCAAAGAGGUUACACAGUUCUUCCUGGUGGUAAUUCAAUCGUCCAUCUCGCAUCUAGAACUGUUGGUGACAGUAUAACUGUCGUUAAUCUUGCAUCAAGAGUUAGAAUAUUUAACGACGAUGUUUAUAACGGAGUAUUCGUACCACCCAACGUCAUUAAGCCUACCGCUCCACCCGCACCGCAACAAACUAUUGAUAUCAACAAACUUGCGCAAGUACCAAAGACGUAUUAUACGCAAUUUACGUAUUUUUAUACGUUUUAUGAUGGGUUGAAUACACGAAUGUCCGUCCGAGCCGAGACAACAACAAAUGUAGUUUCUCAACCCGUUCCAAUUACUGAAAAUCAUCUUAAUACAAUCGAUACAGAGGGCUACCUCACUCUCCUCCCCGAGAGUAUGACUACUAAUCUAGGAGUUAGGAGUAUCGCUGGUACAACGACUGAAGUGAAUCUAGCUUUAAAAACGCUAAUUCGUUUCGAUGGUAUCAGUAAUGCUUAUGUGAAACAAGAAGCCACCUCAACGCCCGAGAUUAGUUUACAACCAACAAUAGAGAUAUCACAAUUAACAUCCGAAGUUUCUCAUCUUCAACCAUCUUACACUUCAGUGAAUGAAUUACUAGGCACCAGUUAUUUAGAAAAAGCGACACCCGAGAUACCAACAGAAACUCUACCCCAAAAUCCAACUCCAACUGUAAAAAGAAAGAUAAUAUUAACUUCUGUAUUAAAGAAAGCAAGCGGUAAACUGAGACAAGGAAUAUUUACCCCAAGACCGGGUGUAAGAGUUGUAGUGAGACCUAUCGCUUCUAAACAAAAGUCAGAAACGUUGGACGAUUCUCAAUCAUCUAAUCUUCUAGAUACGUCUAUAAUUCCUCCCGGUUUCGAAUCAUCUACAAAUGAAGUGAUUAAUGUAACACCCAUUUUAAGUUCUCAAGAACCAUCUGAAUCGGAUAUAGAAACCGCUAUCGAAGAAAACAUCGCAACAACAACAGAAAAUCAGGAACAAACCGAAACUAGUCAAUUAACGCGGAAACGUUUGACAGUUACCAUCACAAGGCCUUAUCAACAAACUGAAAAAGUCAGAAAACAUUCACGAUUUGUUUUACCAUCGAGAUUCCAAAUAACGAGUCGACCGAGUUUCUACGUUGUUACUAGAACUGGUCUUGGUGGUGUUAUUAAAGCCUCCGAUAGGCUUUAUACCGUUAUAGGACGAAGAAAAUCCAAAACAGAAUCAUUUAAAUCUAGUCCAUCGACAUCUACUUAUGAAACUUACUCUGAAUCUUCUGAUCCUGUUUUAUUUAAACCUAGUCCAUCAACAACUGUUAUUUAUGAGACUUAUACUACUUUAACCUCUGUUCCUGUAAUAUUUGGCUUAGAAACAAGUUAUAGAAAUGUACUUCUAACGGCUUCAUCAGCUAUUACGUCACAGCUGUCGCCAGAAUACGAUGUACCAACUCCAAAUAUUGCUUCGACUCACACGGUUGUGUUGACAUAUUUUACAACUACAACCUUUACUAUACCUUUCACUUUUGGAGGACAAACUCUCUACACAACUUUGGAAGAAACUAAUUCAAGAGUUUUAACUCAGACUUUAGAAAUUCCAGCGACAUUUAUGUCAAGUACAACUAAACCGGUUGCUACUGUAACUUCCGAACAGUAUAUUCCUACUGUACAGUAUAUUCCUACUGUUCAGACUGCAUCGCCUCAAUCUCCAUCUUCUGAACUUUCUACCUCUCAAGAUACUAUUACAAGUGUCGAAUUUGGAACAAAUGGUCCUACUACUCAUCUUAUGUUAUCUGGAAAAGACGGAAGUUCAACUAGAUCCAUCUUUUAUCCUCUUCUUUCUGGCGCUAUACCUGGUACAAAAGUUAUCAUAGUAGGGGCAAAUGGAAUAUCACUAACGUCACAAUACGGAUACGUACCGGAAGCAUCCACUAUAACUUCUCCGAUAACAACAGUCUCCACCACCCGUCUGCCACCACCCGUCAGCUCCGUAACGCCAGAAGUCACCACGUCUGCUACUCCAACUGCUCAAUAUAGUACAUCUUACGAUGUCAAAACGUAUUUCACAACUUACACUUUCUUCACUACCUUCUUUUCCGGCACGGAUUCUAUUAUAUCUAGCACAGAACAGGUUCUGACAAAUGUCAUCACAAUCCCUGUUUUCAAACAAAUUCCUUCAACUGUUGCUACUUCAGUAUCGACUCAAACUGAAACGGAAACUUUGCCGAGCACCAUAUUGGAAACGAGCGAGCGUGUGAUUACAAGUACUUCGUUCAGCACUAACACAUUUUAUGCAACUCUUUUCAGCGAUACUAGCUCUUUUGUGACACCAAUCGAAGAAGUUAGCUCUGAAUUAUUCACGAUCACUGAAACGUACACGAUAACUAAAAUCAUUUCUCCAUCUACUACUGAACCUCCUGCUCCAACAUCCACUACUACAUCAGUUACACAGGCUAUUCCUACUGCAGAAACGACAUCUGUGAUUGUAACAAGUACGUUCUAUACAACAUAUACGAACUUCAUCACUCUAUUUAAGGACACGGGUUCUGUGGUAUCUACUUUGGAAGAUGUCGUAUCAAAUGUGGUUACUUUAACAUUACCGAAAACUGUUAUAACGGCUAUUGUACCUUCGACUACAGAAAAAUCUACCCAGUCUACUUCGUCUCAAAUUAUUCCAGCAAUAAGUACGGUAACUCCUGUAUUAGCAACAACAGCAUCAUCUACAUCUCAAUUGCUUUCUUAUACAAUAACAAGAACAUCUCUAAGUACUCAAACCCAUUACAUAACGUUGUUUAGUGGUGAUCAAACCAGUUUAUCGUCAAUCGAAGAAGUGCAUACGCAAUUAAUUACAGAAACGAUACCGCUGACUAUUCCAGCUUCUUCAACUUCGACAUCUACUGAAACGACAUCUUAUACAUCAAGUGAAACAAUAAAAAUAUUACCUACUAGCGCUAUCAUCACUACACCGACAAGAUUAACUACUAGAUUAACAACGUCCGAAACCAGUUCUAGUUCUAGUCCUACCUACGAAGUACCUUUAGUUCCUUCUGUACGUGCUAUGCUAACAACUUACACAUAUUACACUACACUAUUCAGUGGCACAAGUCCUAUAGUAGCAAGUCAAGAAGAGGUUGCUACAUCAUACGUAACCUUUUUCGUACCUGAUACAGCUAUUCCAAAAUCUGUUUCGUCAUCAGUUAUUACGCCAACGCCAACAGUUGUGUAUAUCACGACUACAGAUUAUAGCACUUUUACUUUCUACACAACGUUCUUUAGUGAUGAUAAACCGGUGGUUGUCUCCAACACUCAGGUCGUUCCGGAAAUAGUUGUUUCUACUAUUACAACCUCUCAACGGUCGACUGUUCCUUCUCCCAGUGUUCAAUCCGUUAUUGCUUUCUUAUCCACUCACACUUAUUAUACUACAUAUUUCAGUGGUACAAAUGUACUUGUUACUUCCAGUGAAAGUAUAAUUACACAGUACGUAACUAUAGAAUCUACCGUUCAAUCUACGCCUACCUCUAGUAUCGUAAUUUCUCCGACAUCGUCAUUGCCUACCCAGUCUAUAAUAGACGUAUCUAGUGUAAUACACACAGCUGUGUCCGUCGGAAGUCACGUGGAAGAAAUUGUGAACGUAGUCACUGCUGUUGGUACUGCUACAGAACCAUUACCCGAAACUAUACACACAGAAACAAUAAUCGAAGUUGUGACUGGAAUACCAGAAAGUUCCGUUCAUAUUGAAACAAAUGUAGCAGUUAGUACACGUAUAGAUUCACAAGUCGAUCAAGAUAAGGUUGUCGAUAGUACUGUUAUUGUAGUAAUCGAUGGAACUUCAACUUCAGUUUUACCACACUCCAUUUUAACGUCAAUUCAUGCAGAAACAUCCGUUUCAGAAGACAAAACCUCAACAACAACCAGCGCAGGAAUACCGAUUAUUAUAGAUACUUCUUCAAUAGUUAAUAUAAUUGAAACAUCAUCGACUUUGGUCGUUGAACCUACUUCUAUUAGAAGUGAAGUACUUCCAAGUUCUUCAAUUCUAACGGAAAUAAUUAAUGGCUCAACAGUAAUAGUAUAUCAAGAUUUGGGUCUGUCCAGUUUUGCACCUACUGAAACCGUUCUAACCACUGUCGAAACUGUUAGUCUACCAACUAUACCAAGAAAAGCCAAUGUAACGGGUGAUGUUGAUUUGGAAGAUACUACCAAAUCAGAAACCACCACACCGAUUUCCGCCGAUGUAAUUACUGAAAUAAGCAAAGAAGAAACAGAGACAACGGGUGAAACGACACCGCAACCUGAAACCAAACCGGGACUUGUGUUUGAGCUUUCAGAUUUACUUGGAGGAAAUACAAGCUUAGGUGGCAAUAUUGGAGACGCUAUUAAAGAUAUUCUUAGUCAAAUUAGGGGUAAAAAGAACGACACUGCAGUUGUCGAUACGAGCGUUAAAACUAAAUCUGAAAUAACUACUGUUCAAACAUCUGUUUAUUCUUUGCCCUCAAUUUUAUUUCCAUUUAAUACUGUCGAACCUAGUGUCAUAAAUAGUACUUUACUAAAUAAAACAUCAGAAACUCUAAUGCCUGUUUAUAAACCACCGUCAGCUAUUGAAACAACUACAAUUUCUAGCACCAUAAUUACAUCGACUCAAACAGGUAUCCAUACAAUUUUCCUUCAGUCGAGCUUUAUACCCAUAAACUCUACAACAAAAACAACAAUAUCUACUACUAGCAUUAGUACAUCAACUACUUCCAUUAGUAAUACUACUGCUACAUCUGACGAUCAAAGUUCAAGUAUCGAUGAAAUUUCUUCAAGGUCUUCUAUUUUGCCAACUGAACUUUCUUCGGUUCAACCUACUACAGAGUUGGAUAUCGUAAAUACAAGUUCAAUUUUCGUUGCUACUAAUAUUCACUCGGGAAUAAAAACAAUAUUCUUUAUUCCAAGCGUAACAACUAAGAAAGAUAUUCCCUCUAAAGAUACAAGUACAGAAAUAGCCACUAAAGACACAAGUACAGAAACAACCAGUAAAGAUACAACUGAUAUUGAAAUUAAAACAAGCAGCUCUUCGACCAGCUUUACAAAAUUAGAAACAAGUUCUGUCCUCCAAAUAUCUCCAACGUCAGUAAUUAGUUCUACUGCUUCAACUAGUACAUUAGAAAGCAGCGCAGUUCUCGUUCCUGCAGUUCAAUUAGAAAGUAGCUUUACAGAUACAUCAAACGAAAGUUCGAUUAGUGCAACCACUUCAACAAGUCAUGCAAUUAAAACUUCCAUAAUUACUGGUAUCAAAACUAUAUUUUUCGCACCUUCUGAUUUACCGGGUAAACAGGCACCUGUCCAUACAAGUGAUACAAGUGAUACAAGUGAUACAAGUACUUCUACAGUUUCAACAACUGAACCGUCAAGUAAACCAGAAGAUGAGGUCAAGGAUUCUUUUACUGUAAGUUCUUCAAGGGGACAAACAGUGUUAGGAAAGACAAAAACGGGUGCAACAACUAUUUUCUUCCCAAAUUCCCAUUCGACACAGAAUACCCCGGCUCUUUCCGAAUCUACAAAAUAUAUAACGAGUGUCGAAUCAUUUACUCGGACUAAAGUUAUUACCACAACUAAAAUUUAUUACACUCGCGAUAGUUCUAUUCACGUGACUUCCGUCGUCACUUCAACUUAUCCACCUCGGACUUUCGUUACGACUAUUAUCGGUACAAGGACGUUAUUAGGCAUCGUCACCCCAAGAAAUGAAGCACCUAUAAUCACGGUACCAAAUCCUUCUUUCACUCAGCAAGUCGGAUAUAGUUUGACACACGGCGUGCAGACUUUAUCGACUUCUACGGCGGAAGUCACGACACAAAACACUUUAACUACAGAGGCAAGCACGGAAAGAACAGAAACCAGAACAGAUGUUUUAGACAAUUUGGUCAAAGACGUCAAGUCAGAUAGAAAUCCGCGAUUAAAGACGGACGACAGAUUAUUGACAGAACGACCAGUUUAUCCCGGGCCCACAACUAAAACACCUGCCGUGGUAUGGACGAAAGAUGCAGAAGUGACGUGCAAUCCGAAAUGCAAUGCCGAUAACAAGGAGACGUGUCACAUCGUUAAUGGCGAAGGACGGUGCCAAUGCCAACCCGGAUACGCCAAAAAAGACGGAAGGACGGUUUGCGAAGAAAUACAAACGUACGUAGUCUUAUUGAGAGUGGUGAGGAGAGGAGAACGAGCAGUGAAAUUUAAUCAAGAAUUGAGUAACAACCAAUCCGAUAAAUAUAAGGAAUUCGUAAAUGCUGCAAAAACGGGAAUCAACGAAGCAUAUAAAGGAACACAAAUCGGGGAAGAGUUAAUUUCUGCCGACGUCAACGGUAUCCUACCUUCUGCCGAACUCAGGAACAACAAUAAAGGAGAAGGUGUAGUCGUUAAUUUUACCAUACAAGUGAGUCGCGACGCGCAUCUAAAUCCUUCGGUGUUACAAGAAGAGUUAGCCAGGUCUCUGCUUCAGUCUAAUUAUAGCAUCGGUGGCACCGAACUUUACGUUAGUCGACUGAUACAGAGUGUCGAGGACGUGCAAGUGGCCGAUUUCGACGAAUGCGAUAACGAGAAGCAUAACGAUUGCGGAUCCGGAUCCAUCUGCAUCAAUAAACCCGGUUCUUACACGUGCGAGUGCAAAAUGGGAUUCAAAGACAUGGAUCCCGAUCGCCCCGGUAGAAUUUGUUUAGGAGAAAUUAAGAGUUGCGAACGAUGCAACGGACGGGGUGAUUGCGUAGGCACGGUGGACGGUGGAGAGAUCUGCAGAUGUCACUCUUUGUACAUAGGAAAGAGAUGCGAAAUCAAUGGCUUGAUUCUAGCCAUAGCCAUACCCAUAGCGGGUGCUAUCGUUUUCUUCGCUGUGUGUUGCGCUUUCUGUUGUUGUAAAAAGAAACGUCGUACGCCCAAAGAUAAUUCAAACGUGGUCUUCCGCGGCAUCGCUCUUCGAGGACCUCUGACGGGCACAAUCGACAGGAAAGCCAUCAUCCCCCCCGACACGUCUAGCGAAAGUAGCGGAGAACACCAUUCUAAAAAACACGGAUACGACGGGUUUAUAGAAACCAGCGAUUUAACGACAAAAAAGAGCAGCAAACGAAGCGAUUUGAGUUUAGAUCGCAGUCUAUCAACGGGUUACGCCAUGCCAGCCGUGGCCAUUCCACGUGCCAAGUCUCAGCACCCACCAGGACAACCCAAAAAAAUGAACUAUACCGUGUACAGAGGACAAGUAUACGUGUGGUAAAGUCCAGUAUGUACAAAUGAAACUACAAAUCAAUACCGAUAUCGCCUCGAGACGCUUUACGGGUUCGUCCCGGGACUUAAAGCGUCUGUUGCGAAAACGUCUUAUUUGUGUGAGUCUAACCAAACUCGGACUAACCCGUUUAGCCCCCAACGUGUCAACUUUAGUCCUGAUUGUGACAGGACUUAACCAAUCGUACCGAGACGAAAUCCUUCCGAGGAUCGAGACGUUUUAAAAAGUUCGUUGUUUACAGUCGAGACGAAUUGUGUAAUAUUAUAAUGAGAGUUGUAAUUUCUAUUAAAGAUCAUCUAACCGUAUUCUCUUUUUAUUUGUAUCGAUUAUAUUUUUCUUUGUGCUCAAUAAAGGUACUUUGUUGACCCAGCCGCUUGUUAAUUAAUGUAUUAUGAUUUUUCAUAUGUAUAUAGGCCUAUAUAUAACCUAUACAGAGCCGGCCCUACCAUAGGGCGAACAGAGCAUCCGCUCCAGGCGCUAAGUUUUAGGUGGCGCCUCAGUGUUAAAGAAAAGUAAAGGGUAUAAAUUAGGGGCCACCAAAGGGGCGCCAUAAUAGGAUCUCGCUCCAUC